AUGGAAGCAAUAACGGAUCUCAAAACAAUAUCCCUGAUGAUGAAAUAAGUGACGAUGAUAUUGAUGUUUCUCUACCACAAAGGAUAAUCUUUAGAUUUCUCAAGAGUAAUAGAUCCAUCAUAUGAUUAGGAUUACAUUAGAAGCAUAAAAUCAGGAAGUAAAAAACUUAAGAAUAACAAAAGUGUGCUGAUAUUGGAGACUCCUGACGCCAAAAGAAAGUUAUUUAAUGAUUCCUUCUCUAAUUAAAGACUUUCAUCUAUAAAGAAAAUGACAACCCCUUCAAAAAGUAAAGCAAGUACAGCAGUUUCAAGCUCAGUGAAAGCAAAAUUGAAAAAAAAUUUCUUGAAUUUAAGAGACAUUGAUGAGAUUAGAAUUUUAGCAGAUAGAAGGUAGAGCUCAGUGAGACAAAAUAAAGGCUUAAAUAAAGUUAUAGCUAAUAUUAAGUCUAGAUCUGAUAGGAAAAUGAUGAUUACCAAAGUUGAAAUGCUUAAGAAGACAUUUAAAAAGAUUAGUGAAGAACCUACUGAGCAACCAUAAAGAUCAAUUAUAGUUGAUCCUCAAAUAUUCGAAUACCCUCUAACCUUGAUGCAAUAUCUUAAUGAGAUCACUGUAGAUGAUUUCCUUUUUGAAGGAGACUUGAUGAGAUAUAUGCCUGGAUUCUCUUUUCAGUAUAUGAAGAAGUAUUGCAUGGUUUCUAAAUAAGAGUUCAAAUAUUACAAGAAUGAACUCAUGUCUUACAAGCAUGUGUACCCUAUUUUCAGUGUUCAACUUGAAGAUAUUAUCAAAGUCGCAAGAGUCAACUGUGAAAUCCCAAUAGUCAAGCAAGAGGAAAAGUUCUACAACAUGUAUUAGUUUGAAAUAUUCGUGAGAAAUAAAGACCAAAAAAAUUAAUCAAUAUUGAUGCCUCCAUGCUAUAUUGAGGAAUAAAAAGUUAAUAUGAAUAUGAUGUAGGAAAAUGACUUUUCAUGGAUAAGUAAAUUCUAGAGAAGUAAUAGAAAUAAUGAGAUAUAUGGGGGUAGAAGUGAUAGACGAUUUUUAGAAUCGCCUGAGAGAAGAAGAUUUAAGUCUAUGCCUAGAAGCUUUUAUAGCGACUCUGAAUUCAAAGCUGAAGGUCAUCUAAUGCCUAAAUUAAUUGGUGGUAGAAGGCAAAGAUUUAAAUCUAUGGAAUGCACCAGAUUAGAUACUGUUGAUGUUUUUUAAGAACAAGAGAAAACUUAAAGAAAGAUAAAAAUACAGGAAAUACUAGGUAAUAAUAAAAUGACUGAGACAUAAAGACUUUAAUUCAAAGAAUUUGUAGAUUUAAUUUAGGACAAUCUUAAUGUACCCGUAUAAAAAGAAUAAUAUAUGGCGAGAAACCCAGCUGGCUGGAUUAAAAAUAUAGGGGGUUUCUAAGCUUGGUCAAAUAGAGAGGCAGAAUGGUAUAAUGCAGAGCAAAGAUUAUUAUUCGGAUGUCUUAGUGAAACAGAGUGUGACAGAUGGGUUUUAAUGCUGAAUUUUAUUAUGUAUUUAAAUCAGUAAUUAUGA